AUGUCUGUGUCUCUUGAUCUCGGUCCGCCAAGGGACAGCCCCGGCUCCCUGUUUCUCAAGUCCCAAUUCCGCAGCCCAGUCCAAUGGCCUCCCAAAGACACCAACCUCAAAGGCAAGGUUGCCAUCGUGACGGGCUCCACCAGCGGUCUCGGGCUUGAAGCAUCUCGUCAACUUCUAUCCUACGAUCUAUCAGGUCUCAUCUUAGCCGUGCGAUCUAAAGAAAGGGGAGAGAAGGUCGCAGCCAACUUCAAGGCCGAGUUUCCUGAUGUCAAUAUCCAGGUCUGGUCUCUUGAGAUGAAGUCUUAUGACUCUAUCCAGGCAUUUGCUCGGCGUGCCGAGGCCGAACUUGAUCGCCUGGAUAUCGCCAUCUUGAAUGCCGGAGUGCAAGGAGCCGACUUCGUCACAGUACCCAGUACUGGCCAUGAAAAGUUGACCCAGGUCAACUAUCUCUCGACUGCUCUCCUCGCCAUCCUACUCUUGCCCAUCCUCAAGUCCAAGUCUCCGGUGGGCGAGCCAGGUCGUUUGACUAUAGUCAGCUCUGGCACAGCUAGAGGAGCCACUCUCUCGGAGCCAAAAGGCGGUCCAAUCCUGGCUUCUCUUGAUGACAGAACUAGGCCAUGGAAGCCCGUUGAGCGAUAUGCCGUGAGCAAGCUCUUGGGUCACCUGUUUAUCGUCAACCUAGUCAACCACGUCAACAGUGAAGACGUCGUCGUCAAUCUUGCCGACCCUGGACUGGUUAAAGAUACGGCCUUGCAGAAUUUUGCACCUUGGAUUGUUUUUGCCUUCUUUUACAUCUUUAAAGCAAUUUUUGGACGGUCACUGCGUGUUGGUGCGUCGACAUAUGUCGAUGCGGUUGCAGUCAAGGGCAAGGAGUCCCAUGGAUGCUUUGUAUCAAACUGGGGGAUUGCGCCCUUUGCCGCGUUUGUUUACAUACCCGAGGGGGAGGCAGCGCGCGAGACGUUGUGGCAAGAAACGAUAGCAGAGUUCGAGUUUGCCGGCGCGCAGAAAAUCUUGAACGAGCUCAAGAAAUGA